ACCAGCCCCGGGACUACGCUCGCAAAAAUGUGAUUUUGUACAACUACGACAGCCAGUGAGGUGUCGAGGUCUCUUUCCUCUUUGUGCGACCAUCUGCAGAAAUCCCGGAGCGGGUCGCGAAGACACGCUUGCGCCUGGAGCAGCGUCCGUAUUCCCGAGGUUUCCCGUGGACAACUGCUGGACGGGACAGCGGAGCAUCGACUGAGGUCCCCGGCGCUUUGCUCUUCCCCCAUCCCAGAAGACAUGCUGCCCCGCCUGCGAAGAGUGCUGCGGCCCGCCCUCUCCCUGAGAGCCGGGAGUGGGCUGGCCAGAGCCGGGCUCGGCAGCCACCAGGCACCCGCCGUAGCGUCGCACCCGCUCCCCGUGCUGGUGCAGCGGUGUAACCUGGGCACGCACCCGCUGAAGGAACCCGUGGAGCCUCUCAACUCGCCCCGGGGAGCCAAGGAGUUUAUUUACAGCCUUCACCCGACUGAGCGCACCUGCCUGCUGCGAGAGCUGCACAGGUUCGAGUCCAUAGCUAUAGCUCAAGGGCAGCUGGAAAUUGCACCACCUACUUCAGCACAGUUAAGAUAUGUUUUGCUGCACAAUGCACUCCCUUUCGUUGGAUUUGGAUUCCUGGACAACUGCAUCAUGAUUCUUGCUGGCACACAGAUUGAGUUAUCCAUUGGCGUUAUCCUCGGCAUUUCAACUAUGGCAGCUGCUGCCCUUGGCAACCUGGUGUCUGAUCUGGCAGGACUCGGGUUGGCAGGUUAUGUGGAGGCCCUGGCAUCUCGGCUGGGGAUGCAGAUUCCUGACCUGAGCCCAAAACAGGCUGACAUGUGGCAGACCAGAGUCAGCUCUCACGCGGGUAAAGCCAUUGGCGUUGGCAUCGGCUGUAUCCUGGGCAUGUUUCCUCUCCUGUUCUUCAAAGACGACGAUGAGAAGAAAGAAGGCCCGGUGGAGACGCCACCUGCUCCGAUAGAGAGUGGCAAAAACUGAAACUGUCCACUUGCCGGAGACAAAUACUAUUUGGAAUCCAUUAGAAUACUUUAGACCAGGACUGAUUGGCCUCGCCUGGUGGACUGGAGUGUAUGGAAAUGUCACUGAACCCCAUACAGUCUAAUCACUGGCUACUUUACUUUCCAAGGCUGAAUCAAACUAUCAAAGGUAUUCUGAAGAGGAUUUAUUAUUUGAUUACAGACUUUAAACACAAGCAGAGUGACCUGACUGUCUCUUGGGGAGACAUGAGACCGUUGAUUCACUGGACUGCUGCUACUUCAACUAUUGCACCCUCUAAUGUAACCUCAAUCCUGUUUUGACUGACUGACACAGGCUGAAACUCAUUUAUCUAACAUACACUGCAGUGGCCUCUUGCUCUCCCCUGAUCUGAGUCUGUUGAAUGGAACAAAAACAAACAUUUUACUUUAGAUGUUUAGAUGGCAAGAAGGGUUAAAUGAAAGUUAGAGCUCCCUAAGAUAUCAAAGGAAACUUUGGGAUCAGCGCAAGGAAGCAAAACACCAUCAGAUUAGGUUUCUUACAUGGCAUUUGGAUGUUGAAGGUUUUUCGUUUAUUGUCAGAAAUUCCGAUCACUAAUAGAGGAAGACUGAAUUAAGAACCAUGCUAUCAUACAGUACAUUUCAGCUUGAUUCAGGAGUGUUAAAAACCAGGUCAAAGACCUCUCCUGUGUUUCCUAAUCAGUUUUUGAGGGUGAUGAGUCAAGGAAAGAGCGUCACGUUUGCAUAUUAAGAUGCGCCAUUCCACAUCAAGAACAUUACUUUUCAGUUUUACAAGUGAGUUUGCCUUAUUAUGUCUUAAAAAGUCCGGCCUGCUGCCCCAUCCACAACCAGUCAGCUACAUGUAGUGAGACUGAAGGUGGUUAAAUACGCAAACACCUGUUAGCCCACAGCAGUAACGUGCAGAAAAUAUCUCUCAUGUAUUAUGUUUGUAGCCAGGUUGAUGCAGUUCUACAAAAUCUUUUAAGAACAGUUUGUUUCUUUCUGGAGAGGAGAUGAGCAGGAAGUAGAGAAAUACAGAGAGGCAGGAGGAGGAAGAGUAGCUGUGGCAGAAAGAUAAGACAUCCCAACCCUGAACCACCUGAGACCUCUGUCCCAUUUGCACUGACUCUCUGGCUCCAAUACCAGUAUGGUUUUUCUCCUCCUGCUCUGCACCAGCCGACCUGCAGCCAAACUACAACAUGCCUCUUGCAUGGUGACAUAGCACCAGGCCUCUAAUUCAGUUUCUAUUAUAUUAUAAGAGAGGUUUGUUACCCUCUUUUCAUUCUUUGAAAAAACUGUUACUACUUUUAAUACUAAUGCACAACUUCAUAUUUUCCUGUACCUUGUUUAUAAUGGCUUUGUCCUACUGCCCUCUACUGGUUGAGUGUGAAAAGAGGUUUUUCAAUUUAGUAGAGCUGAACAAAGUCUAUCUGUAAUUUGUCACUUUAUCACUCUAUAAUUAUUGUUCUCAAUCAUUGUUUUUAUUUUGAUGUGCAAAAUAGGUAAUAUAUCCUUCCUACCACUGAAACACAGUGGCAGGAAGGAAAUAUUUGGGAUGAUAGGACACUACCAUCCAUCCAAGUCUUAAUUCAGCUGUCAUUGAUUUCCAAUUUUUUUUUCUUAUUUUUUUAUUUAUUUAAUUUUAAUUUUUUUUUUGUUUUUGUUUUUUUUGUUCUUGGCACAGGCCGCUCAUCUCAGCAACAGGACUGAAGACCGUGGUUUACGGCGCUGAACCUGUCUAGAAGUUGAAAUGAAAGGGAGCGGCCAUUUCCUCUCAGAAAAUGGAUUUAUUCUGAUUCAGACUCGUAUUCAUGUAUGUUCUGAUCUGUAUAUUCCCUUUAUCGCAAAGGAAAAUGUUAAGAGAAGAACAUAUUUGUCAGCACAAAAACACCUUUGGGAGUAUAUUUUCAACAGCAUUCUCUGACAGGAAAGACUUUGCAACUGAUCUCUGUAUGUUACAGUCCAUUUCUAUAUUCACUAAACAUGCUCUAAAAUCUUGACACACGUACAAAGGAGACUUAACCUGUAUAAGAUUGUUCUAGUUAUUUAUCAUGUGGGUAACAGUGAUUCUCAACAGUGACUAAAAUAAAGAAAAUGUACAAAGAAUUGAACAUAUUUAUGUAGUUAGGAUUUUUGAUCUGAUUGCUUGAUUCCCACCUUGCAUGCACUGCUAAUAAAAAACCUAGUGUACCUGUUUACUUUGUAAGAAUAAUAAAAAAGGAAAAACUUGAGUAUGUUUUAAAACUA